AUGCCGACCCCGAGUGAGAGCACUCCACAGCUGACCACGAGCACAUUACCCGGAGAGAUAUCCGCACAUACGACUUGUCCCCCAGAGAUUGAACGAGGGUCCUCUCGGACAGCUGCUUCGGAGGAGCAUGCCAUCGACGAUGAUAUCGCUGUAAAUGACGGUGCGGUGUCCCCCGCCAGUGCUACUGCGCAGACCGCCGGGAGGCGACCGAGCGAUGUGACGUCCACUCCAAUCGCCGAGUCGUCGACGAAGAAGAUCAAAUCCGACGAAGAUGUGAUUAUGGGGUCCAUGAGUCCUGACAGUGCGUCGUCGUCUGAAACUAAGGAGGAACAAUCGAGCCCGACGUCCCAAUCGUCGUCCUCGAUUUCCGCGCAUUCCGCGCCUUCUACUACUUCAUCCCUCAGCUACAAAUUCUCAAAUAGCCGGCUCUACCCGAACCACACUUCGUCCUUUCUGCGAUCCGGAAGCAAGUUUGUUGGCACCCAGCAGUCCGACCGCCAGGUAUACAAUGUGGAUGUGGAAAUCAAGCAUGUUGAUAUGGCUGAGUCAUAUCUCUGUGGAUAUCUCCGCAUACAAGGUCUUACGGAGGACCAUCCAACCUUGACGACGUACUUCGAAGGGGAGAUCAUCGGUACGAAACAUACCUUCCAGACACGGCACGAGUCAUGGGGAGCAAACGAAAAGACGGAUAUGCUUCAUUGGGCCAGGUUUCCGGCGUGGCGGCCACUGGCGAAGCAGGCGAAGAAACCGGACUUCACAUACAGGAACUUUGCGCAGCGCGAGCAUAUCUUUAUGAGAUGGAAAGAGUACUUUCUAGUCCCUGACCAUCGCGUACGGACAAUAUCCGGUGCCAGUUUCGAGGGCUUUUACUACAUCUGCUUCAAUCAAGUGGAGGGGACCGUAUCAACAGCUGGAGCUAAAGCACGUCGAAGACCACGGUUGCUGCCCGGCGAUAGAAUUCCGUUGAGCUCCUGA